AUGGUAUUCAGCGACAACGGCACCAACUUCAAGGGCGCAGCCAUAGAAAUUGACAAGUUAUUCCAACGGGCUUCAUCAGUAUCGCAGGAGGUGGCAGCUGCAUUGGCGAAGGACGGUAUAGUAUGGUCUUUUAUACCUCCUAGAGCUCCUCAUUUCGGAGGACUAUGGGAGUCGGCAGUGAGAAGUUUUAAACAUCACUUCAAAUGUGUCAUUGGAGACACGUCAUUAACGUUCGAGAAAAUGUCGACAGUUGCUUCUCAGAUCGAGGCAUGCUUAAAUAGUCGGCCGCUCUGCCCACUGAGCUCUGAGUCCACUGAUUCGGUGGCGCUUACGCCUGGUCACUUUCUUGUGAACGCUCCUCUCAAUGUAUUACCCGAGCCCUUUGAAGACGUGAAUCUAAAAUCUCGCACUUGCAGGUGGAAGCUACUCUCGGUUAUGAGAAACCAUUUCUGGGAGCGAUGGCGACUGGAGGUAUUGCAUCAUUUACAGCAGAGAAACAAAUGGCUGACUCCUGGACGACAGUCGCAGGACAUCAAAUCCCCACAACUAGCCGGUUGCCCAUUGGUACAAUGGCAACUUUAUUGUAAUAUUACAUAA